AUGAAUCUAUUGGAAAACUUUAAGAUUUCAAUAUUACUAGAUUAAAUUGACACAGAAUAGCGUUUUAAAGGAAAAAUCUUGAAGGAUCAAAAUAGCGAAGUUAUGGCUCAGAUAAUGUCUACUUAUAUCAAUUCUGAACCUAAUGUGAAAUAUUCAUCUUCAUUGAAUACUUUAUUUGCAUUCGUUGCCACACAACUGGGGAUAGGAAUUUUAGCAAUGCCUUGCGUUAUACUUGAAAACGGAAUCGUUCUUGGAAGUGUAUUAAUAUUUGCAGGUGGAUUCUUAAACUACUAGACCUGCUCAUACAUUGUCGAAGCUAGCAUUGUUACAUAGAAAAAAAAGUUUGAAGAGAUCUCAGAUGCAAUUCUAGGACCAUCAAUGAAUAACUUUAUUUCAAUGUCUAUUCUUGCUUGUCUUAUGACAAACCUAGUUUCCUAUAUUUGCUAUGUAAAUAAUUCAGUUCAUGCUUAAUACCCCAAAAUUUAGUAAAAGGAAGAAAUACCAGCUAUAAUUGUUGAUUUAUUUGGAAAGGAAAAUUUACCAUACAUCCUAGAUGAUAAUUAAACAGGACGCCUCUUCUGGGCAGCAGUUUUCACAGUAAGAUUUCUAAUUAUUAUAAUUUAUUAAGUUGGCGAUUGUAUUUCCACUCUCUUUGCCAAGAAGAUUGAAUGCCCUAAGCCAUAUAUCAUCUUUCGAUAGCAAGUGCCUUCUCCAAUUGAAUCACUAUCUAGAGCUAGCUUAUUUAAGUUUUCUAUUAAUGGAGCAAUGAAUUCUUUCCCCAUGAUAUUUUUCUCAUUCUGCAAUUAAGCUAGCAUUCCAAUGAUAUACAACGAAAUGAAAGAUAAAAGUGUGACUAAGAUCAAAAAUAUAAUGAUUUUAGGAACUAUUAUCUCCUCACUAAUGUUCCUAUCGAUAGGAGUAUUUGGUUAUUUGAUAUUUAUUGAUGACGAAGAAGGAAUUAAAAAAUCAAACAUAUUGCUUGCUAACUUCGGGGAAAGUAAAUCAAUAUUAUUGUUUCUUAUAAUAUGCGCUGUGAGUCCUCUCUAUGUACUUCCAUCAAAGGAAACUAUCGAAUAAUUAUUUAUUAAAAGAGGGAGGAUGAGCUAACUUCAAAACUUGAUGUGUACUUUGGGAAUUUCAAUUAUUACUCUUUCUCUUGCAUCUUUUAUUCCAUCGAUUGGAGAUGCUAUUUUCAUUGAAGGUUACACAGCUGAUCCAAUGACAAAGGUUUCUUCUCAAAGUAGAAGAUGA